CUCCUGCCUUCCUGCCCCUUCACACCAAGCCCAUCACCGCAGGCCCUCACUCACUCUCUCUCUCGUCUGUCUUCUGUCGUCCUCCUCACCACCCCAUCUCCCUCGCAUUCUUCGACCCGGCCGAGCAGUCACCGCUGCUUCACCUGGCCUCUGUGUCUACCGCCGCCGCCAUUGUACGCCCUGCCAUUCUUCGCCCAUCUCCCAUCUCCCAGCUGCCUGCCUGCCUGCCUGCCUGCCUGCCUGCUUCUCCCUCGACCUCCACCUUCCACCGUCCCAUCACCGCCUGCAUAGCCCCCAAUCGGCACACAUCCGGAGACGGCUCUCCGAGCCUCCUGUCCACGACACCACUACCACCACCACCACCACGCCUCUCCUCCUCCAUCGCACCCCGUUGCCCUGAACACUCCACCUCGUUGACACAAUGGCGAGCGGAAGCACGUCGUCAAACGUCGUGGGCGUGCAUUAUCGCGUCGGCAAGAAGAUCGGCGAGGGCAGUUUCGGCGUCAUCUUCGAGGGCACCAACCUGCUCAACCACCAGCAGGUUGCCAUCAAGUUUGAGCCGAGGAAAAGCGACGCACCUCAACUGCGUGACGAGUAUCGCACCUACAAGAUCUUGGUCGGCUGCCCCGGUAUUCCUAAUGUCUACUACUUUGGCCAAGAAGGCCUCCACAACAUCCUCGUAAUCGACCUCCUUGGCCCCAGCUUGGAGGACCUUUUUGAUCACUGCAACCGCAAGUUCUCGAUCAAGACCGUCGUCAUGGUAGCGAAGCAAAUGCUCUCGAGGGUCCAAACAAUCCACGAGAAAAAUCUCAUCUACCGCGACAUCAAGCCUGACAACUUCCUCAUUGGUCGUCCUGGCUCUAAAAGUGCCAACGUUAUCCACGUAGUCGACUUCGGCAUGGCCAAGCAGUACCGCGACCCCAAGACGAAACAGCACAUUCCGUAUAGGGAGCGUAAAUCCUUGUCGGGAACAGCCCGUUACAUGAGUAUCAACACCCAUCUCGGGCGAGAACAGUCGCGACGAGAUGAUUUGGAGGCUCUUGGUCACGUCUUCAUGUACUUCCUCAGAGGUGGAUUGCCAUGGCAAGGCCUCAAGGCCGCCACCAACAAGCAAAAGUACGAAAAGAUUGGCGAGAAGAAGCAGACGACACCCAUCAAGGACCUUUGUGAUAGUUUCCCAGAGGAAUUGAACAAGUAUCUCAGCUACGUCAGGAACCUGGGUUUCGAAGACACCCCCGACUACGAUUAUCUGCGCGAGCUUUUCACGCAGGCUCUCAAGAGCACUGGAGAAGUCGAAGACGGUGAAUACGACUGGAUGAAACUGAACAACGGCAAGGGCUGGGAGGCGAUGAAGUCGCACCCCGUCCAACAUCUCCACGCCAGCAACGCCAACCUGGGGCAUUCUUCGACCCAGGCCAUGCCCGGUACUACCCACCGGCAACAGAAGACGCAGCUUCCCGUCGACCAUCGCCGUUUAAACGCGGAUCUCCCAAAGCCCGGAGCGGAUCGGGGCCAACCCGGAAGAAGCCCAAGGGAGAUUCAACAAGCGAAAUACGGGCAUCAGGAUGCAGGCAAGAGAAAGAGCAUGGGCGAGCUAGCACCACCCGACGGAUCUACCCACGCUCAGUUUCAGAACAGCCAGCCCAACUUGUCAUCAAACCGAGCAGCACCCGCAGCCAGCCCGAACCUUCAACAGGCGAGACCGGCGGAGCCUGACAAGCAAGGUUUUGGCAACAAACUCGCCAAAAUCUUUUGCUGCCGCUAG